UAAGGACCCAUAGAAACAACAUGGCGAGCGGUAACAAGUCAGUUUUGUUCGUUUGUUUGGGGAAUAUCUGUCGAUCCCCCAUCGCUGAAGCUGUCUUCAAGAAGAUGGCAACAGAUGCUGAUGUUGUAAAUAAGUGGGUCAUAGACAGUGGUGCUACCUCUGAUUGGAAUAUAGGCAGCUCACCGGAUGCCCGAGGUCUGGCCUGCCUCAGGAAGCAUGGCAUUGAGACGAGCCACAGGGCCCGACAGGUGACCAAAGACGACUUCAUGAGCUUUGAGUACAUUCUUUGCAUGGAUGAGAACAAUUUGAGUGACUUGAAAAAGAAAGCAAACUCGGUGAAAGACUACAGAGCAAAGAUCGAGCUUCUCGGUUCAUAUGACCCUCAGAAGCAGCUGAUCAUCAAAGAUCCUUAUUAUGGAAGUGAUUCAGACUUUGAAAAUGUGUAUGAACAAUGUGUACGCUGCUGCAAAGCUUUCCUGGAUGUGAACUCCUAACCACGUCUGACCUUGGAACAUCGGAUGAAAGUAAAUUAUCAACCUUAUGUUUCGACUUCGUCAUGCAAGCACGUGUGUGUGUGACUGACUGACACACCACCAGAAUACUUGUUGUAUUACUGUACUGUAAAUGUUAUACAAGCCACAUACUGUGCACAUUUAGAGCAGUCCUGCAAGUACAAGUUUGUUGACAGUUGAGGUAAUUGAUCAAUUAAAUAAAGACAAUUUGGAUGA